GUGAACCUGGAGGCUGUAGACAUUGUCUUGGCGGACUCCAUCGUCCCGGUGCUUCGCUGCCGCGCGGAACUUCCAAAGCCUGGGUUGGUAAUGUACAAGCAGAAGGAGCCGAAUGUCCUAACGGUUCACAUCAAAGACUACACGCUGGAAGUGCAGUCGCUGAAUCCACAAACUGCCGUCUGGGAACCUUUCCUGGAGCGAUUCCGCAUGGGCUUGGAAGUGGAACGGCGCACACGUGGUGAGGAUCGCGACACCCACGUCAUCAUUUCUGGGCAUGAGCCAGUUCUGGUGAACGUGACCCCUUCCACUGUCAAGCGGCUCAAGUACAUCAUGCCACUGUUCAUCGAGAGUGUAACUUCUUCUCGACUGAUGGGGGCUGAG